AUGUGUUCUGGACGUGUGAUCGUAUACGGUGGCAGAGGUGCUCUUGGAUCGUCAAUUAUUAAAUACUUUAAAAACAAAGGCUAUUGGAUAGCGAAUAUAGAUAUGUAUGAGAAUGAGGAGGCAAAUAUGAAUGUUACUGUACCAAAAGAUCUCAGUUGGAAACAACAGGAGGAUCAUAUUAUAGGAUCAUUGAAACCAGUUCUAUCCAACCAAUCAAUAGAUGCGUUGUUGUGUGUGGCUGGUGGAUGGGCAGGGGGAGAUGUAUCAAAUGAGGCUCUCAUUAAUAGUUGCGAUGCAAUGUUGCAACAGUCUCUUUAUCCGUCAGUCAUAUCCGCCAGACUCGCCCACUUAUUCCUCAAAAACAACGCAUUGCUACAAUUCACUGGAGCUAAAGCGGCUUUAAACGGAACACCAACUAUGCUUGGUUAUGGACUAGCAAAGGCGUCAAUACAUCAUCUCGUUAAGUCGCUUUCUGUGCAGCAAUCUCCUCUUCAUAAAAUGAAUAUCUGUUGUGUGGCACUUUUACCUGACAUCCUUGAUACUCCAUCUAAUCGCAAAUUCAUUAAAAAUGCUGAUUUUACUACAUGGACAUCGUUGGAAUACAUAUCAGAAUUACUGCAUGAAUGGACAGUAAACCAGGAAUGUAGACCCAAAAAUGGUUCUCUUGUGGUACUGAAUACGAAGGAUGGUGUAACGAGCACAUCACUUUGCUAA